AACAAAAAUGCGCCACGUGAGCAAUAAUUCGGAUGAGCAAGAAGUCGUGUCUCUGGUUGCACAAUAGAAGCUAAGCUAAGCUAAGGUAAGCUGCUUCCUCUCCUCUCCUCUCCUUCAUGCUAAUGCAAACUCUCUCUCUCUCUCUCUCUCUCCUCUUCAUCCAUGGAAGUUAACCUCUCUUUCUCUCUCAACCACCACCGCUCCCUCGCCCUAACCUCCCGCACUCCCUCCCUCUCCACUCUCCGCACUCACUUCCUCGGCUCCCUCCACGCUCUCCGCCCUCCUCCCCCCUCCCUCCGCUCCCGCAACAACCGCCGCAACAACCUCCGCCUCCUCCGCCUCCACUCCCCUCGCUUCGUCUUCAAGGCCUCCUUCACUUCUCACUCCGUCAUCGUCCUCGUCCUCGUCGUCACUCUCUCCGCCGUUUCCUUCCUCCACUUCACUCUCAACAAGAGAAAGAAAUCUCUCAACCAGACACGUGGACAUGCCAAAUUUGUGUUGUCGCCGCAGGGAACUAGUGUUGGGAACCAGGUCAUUGAUGGACAGAUUCUCGGUUUUCCGGAAUUUCAAACCGAUAAUAAUAGCACACUGGCUGAAAUGGCCAAGUUGAAGGAACACCAUGAGGAAGACUACCUAUUUUUGAAAUCUUCGGUGGUGCAGGAAGUGGCCGUCGCGACUGAGGCAUCAGAGUCUUCGUCGUCUGUUAUUGACUCCGGUGCCAAUAGUAACAGCUCCAAGGUAUUGGAUGAGUCUUUUUUAUCAAUGUCUUUCCCGCCAAGUUCGUUGCAGCCUCUAGAGUUUGCUGAGGAAAUGGCUAUACAAGUGGAAGAAAGUCAAGAUAAAGUUGACUCUGAUCUCGAGUUGCCUUUGGAUAUGGUUAAAUCUGAGCAUACUGCUUCUCCUGCUUGUGUAAAUGAUGCAUUGGCGACGGUUGAUGAACAUACUAAGGAAAAAAUUGAACUAGGUGCCAUCAAUGGUGAUUUCUUUUUCAGUGAAUCAGUCAGGGAGGGGCUGUACAUGUUUUAUGAGGAUAACAAGUCUGCAACUGGAUCCAUGACACCACUGAGUGGUUUAAAGUCAUUUUCUCCCCGUGCUUCUUUUAUGAAUAAAAAAGGAUUUCCCUCAGCGAUGGGAAAUGGCACACUAAAAUCAUCAGGACUAUCUACAGAUAUUUCUCUUCAAAGGGCAGAACACGUCAAAGGAGCAGUUAAAAUUUCCAGUCACAAAGAAGGCUACCCUCCACAACUUGUGAGUAAAAUCUUGAGGAAAGGCAGCAGCUCUUUAAGAGACAGGGAAAGGAACAAUAUGGAUCACAAUAAUAACAAUGUUUUCCCCCUGAAUGCUCACUCAAUCAAGGUGCAUGUUGAUCAGAAAAAUGAUCAGAUCAUGGUGCAUGAUGAUCAGACAAUUGAUCCUUCAAAGCAUCUUAACAAAUACAAUAAUUUGCUAAAAGCUGGCAGGUUACAUGAAUGUGUGGAAUUGCUUAAAGAUGUGGAAACAAAGGGUUUAUUGGACAUGACCAAGGUUUAUCAUGCCAAGUUUUUUAACAUCUGCAAGAAACGGAAGGCUGUUAAAGAAGCUUUUGAUUACACUAGGCUUAUUCCAAAUCCAACGCUGAGUACAUUUACUAUGCUUAUGUCAGUGUGUGCACGCUCCCAAGAUUCAGAAAGGGCUUUCCAAGUUUUGCAGCUUCUUAAGGAUGCUCGACUAGAACCUGAUUGCAAACUUUAUACCACUUUGAUAUUAACUUGUGCAAAGAGUGGGAAAGUUGAUCUAAUGUUUGAAGUGUUUCACAAGAUGGUUAAUUCUGGAGUGGAACCUAAUGUUCAUACCUAUGGAGCACUUAUUGAUGGUUGUGCUAGAGCUGGGCAAGUAGCUAAGGCAUUUGGUGCUUAUGGGAUAAUGAGGUCAAAGAACGUGAAGCCAGAUCGUGUUGUAUUCAAUGCACUUAUAUCUGCUUGUGCCCAAUCAGGAGCAGUAGAUCGUGCUUUUGAUGUGUUAGCAGAAAUGGCAGCUGAAACACAACCCAUCAACCCAGAUCACAUAACUAUAGGUGCAUUGUUGAAGGCAUGUACAAAAUGUGGUCAGGUUGAACGAGCACAGGAAGUGUACAAGAUGAUACAAAAAUAUAACAUAAAGGGAUGUCCAGAAGUUUACACCAUUGCCAUUAAUUCUUGCAGCCAAACUGGAGAUUGGGAAUUCGCUCGAACUGUAUACAAUGACAUGACCCAGAACGGGAUCCUCCCAGAUGAGAUGUUUCUAAGUGCACUAAUAGAUGUUGCUGGGCAUGCUAAAAUGCUGGAUGCUGCCUUUGAUGUCUUGCAAGAAGCCCGUAAAGGAGGAAUUAAUAUUGGAAUAAUGUCAUAUAGCUCAUUGAUGGGUGCCUGUAGCAAUGCAAGAAAUUGGCAGAAAGCAUUGGAGCUAUAUGAAUAUAUUAAAUCUCUUAAAUUGACGAUAACAGUUUCAACAAUUAAUGCUUUGCUCACUGCACUUUGUGAUGGAGAUCAAUUUCAAAAGGCUUUGGAGGUUUUAUUUGAAAUGAAAGGAUUAGGAUUGCGUCCAAACAGUAUCACGUACUCAAUACUUAUAGUGGCCAGCGAGAAAAAGGAUGAUAUGGAAGCAGCUCAAAUGCUCCUUUCUCAAGCCAAAAAAGACGGUGUAGCAACUAAUCUCAUCAUGAGUCGAUGCAUAAUUGGAAUGUGCCUGCGGAGAUUUGAGAGCGCUUGCCUUAUUGGUGAACCAGUUUUAUCUUUUGAUUCAGGACGGGCACAAGUUGAUAACAAAUGGACAUCACUGGCCUUAAUGGUGUAUCGUGAAACAAUUGAAGCUGGUGAAAAACCUACAAGUGAAAUAUUGUCACAAAUUCUGGGAUGCCUGCAACUCCCGUAUGAUACAUCUGUGAAAAAUAGACUUGUUGAGAACCUAAGAGUAAGUGCAGAAACUUCAAGAAGGUCAAGCCUCUGUUCAUUAAUAGAUGGAUUUGGUGAAUAUGAUCCUCGUGCAUUUUCAAUACUUGAGGAAUCUGCUUCACAUGGAGUUGUUCCAUCGGUAUCAUUUAAAGUGAGUCCUAUAGUUAUUGAUGCUAAAGAAUUGCAUGCUUCUACUGCUGAGGUGUACCUGAUAACUGUUUUGAAAGGUCUCAAGCAUCGACUAGCAGCAGGUGCAAGAUUGCCCAAUAUAAUCAUUUUAUUGCCAGUUCAGAAAACAGAAGUUGUGUCUCCCAAGGGGAAGAAGAUUAUUAACCUUGCAGGAAGAGCUGGCCAAGCAAUUGCAGCGUUAUUGAGGAGGCUUCAGAUUCCUUGCCAGGGUAAUGAAUCGAAUGGGAAGCUUAGAAUUAACGGUGUGGCUCUGAAAAAAUGGUUUCAGCCGAAACUUGCAUCUCCAUUUAGUGGUAAUCUGGGAUCUCCAGCAACAUUCAGAGGAAAACAAGGUGAUUGGAGCUCAUCCCUAUCACGACUGGGCAGAAGUAUUAGUCUUCAGCAACGAAACAUCCGAACUCGCAAUCUAUCUUUGGACUAAAGUGUUCAUGUUUUGAUUACCAGCGGAAGACAAGCAUUCACUAAACCAUGCAUCUUAAUGUUUUUUCAAUAUAUAAGUUGAAAGCUCCUUCAUCCUAUCCUAAUGGUAUAAUAGAAGAGUGAUUUAGACCCAAGAAAGCAGAUAAUGCCUUCUUGAGUGCUGAGGUCAUUGAAUGCUAGGAGCAGGGAAACUAUAGGACAUCUCAGCAAGUUCAUUUUGGUGAACAAGGUUAUACCCGCGAUAGAAUGAAUAUAAAUGGCUCACAACUCUUUCUUUUGUGAUUACCUGCAGCUAGGUCAUGGCCUUUGCAACGCGGAUUAUAUAUAUGUAUAUGUAUGAUGAUAGAGAUGCAGAUAUUUCAUGUAUGUGCUAUCGUUACAUGUAUUUUUUGUCUAGAACUCUCCAGAUGUAAACUAAAAAAUCAGACGAUUUUGAUAUUUUUUAUAAGAUCUUUCAGUAUAUUCUAUCUUCGUA